AUGAAUUUCUCUGACUCAGAAAUAACAGAAUCGUUGGUAGUGCCGCAUUCCUCAGGUGUGGAGAAAGAUUUCACAGAAUCUUAUGACAUGUCUACGGUGAACAGCACAAGUGAUGAUUCAAUAAUAAACUGGAAAAAACUAUCAUCUGCACCCACGUCUACAGGUGAUUUAAAUGAAGCACAUGAGUCCUCUACUGCAAGUCUGUCUAAAUCGUCUGAUGAAUCAACACUCACACUCUCUUCAGAGGGAGCUAGCUGGACUGAACCAAGAGAACAAUUUUCAGGACCUACAAUACCAGUCACUGAACCUACACCUAACUUGAUUAACAAUGAUAUAACUGCAAUGGAUACCAUACCUUGGUCAAACAUGGACAAAUCUAUAGAAAACAAACAGUUAGAUAAUCAAACUGAGGUUUCCACGAUAGAAUUCUCCCCAGAGUUCAAGAAAUCCUCAUUAUUAACAUCAGCUUUCUCUGAAAAUUUAUCUGAAACUACUAAUGCAGACUUUCAGCUAGAUUCCAUGGAAUCAACAGUGACUCUAAUCAACAAGACAACAUAUUCAGUCAACGAAAUUACCACUGAAUUCAUAAACAAAUUAAAAGAAUUGCAGCCUAGAACUAUAUCCUUAAAUGAAAAGCCUGAAUUCUCUUCUGAAAAUAUGCCUGAUUUACCCACUGAAUCUUCAAGGGUCACUGGUUGGACUGAGGCAAAAGAAAAUUCCACAAGGAUGCUUGAUGAAACAGUCACUGAAUCUACAACAACUUUGUUAAAAAGUGAUGUAGAUUCAUUGUACAUCACAAUCAAGUCUAUCAAGAAAUCCUCUGAAGAGCAAAAGGGAAACAUGGUAUCUAAAAUGGAAACCAAGUCCCCAAUUGCUUCUUGGGAGCCAGAAGCAGAGGAAUUAAUAGAAAGUAGUAUUUGGUCAACAAUGAAUAUUGAUUCCUCAGGAAACUUCGCUGAGACCACAGAAAAAAGUAUUGUACAAAGAGUUUCCAUCUAUCAAACAGUAGAAGAAAAUACUUCUGGAGAAUCUGGAAUGAAUUCAGAAUCUGGAAUGAAUUCUGGUGAUGUUGAUGAUGAUGUCUUCCCAACAUUAAAACCUACAAAAAUGACAAAUAGCAAGAAAACCAGUAAAACAACAACAAAAUUCAAUUCCACAACCUUAAGGUCUACAAGAGCAGCACCCAAAACACCAGAAAUAGACACCUCCACAUCAACCACCGUCAAGAGUCAUAGCCAUCCCUCACUACAAAAUGAUGCUACUUAUAGGACCAGCAAAUCAACAAUUUCUAGACCAACUACUCUUAAAAACCCAAGAGCAGUCUCCAGUGGAAGAGUCACCACCAAGUUCCUUCCAGAGGAAAGUUCACAAGUGGAUACCCACAUAGUGGCUGGGGUCUUGGUACCAGUAGUAGUACUUAUACUCAUCGCAAUUCUUGGUUUUAUAUGCUAUAGAAAGAGGAAAAUGGGAACAUACAAACCAAAUGAUGUGGAAUCUACUUCAAGAAGAAUUGAGGGAGAGACUUAUAAAGAAAUUCAUAAGUUAAGAAGUGUUUCUCAUCAAAAACAAUCAAAUUUCAAACCACUAACACCUGAUGGUUAUGCACAGAUAAAUUUAGAUAAGGGUGAAAAAAUAAAGGUGAACGGUGUAUCGUUACACCAGCCAGAUACUGGUGCCUAUAUUUAA